GAGGAAGCUUUAGAUCCGCCAUAAUCCCUCGCUUCUCUAAACUCUGCUAACUGAUUCGCCACUUAUUUCCUCCCGAACGACGCAAUGGAGGUGACAAUGGACCCUCUUUUUCUGGCGUGGAGCUAUUUUAGGAGACGGAAAUUGCAACAAUGUUCAGAUAUUUGUUCAAAAAUAUUGCAAGACAGCCCCUAUGACCAGGAUUCCUCCUUGUGUAUUUCCGAGGCUGCCUGGAGUCUUAAAACGCAGGCUCUUACGGAGAUGGUAUACAUUGAUGAAGUUGAGGUUGAUCAAGAAGGGAUUGCUGAGAUGAUGCUGGAUGAGAACACCAUUGCUCAGGUUGCACGCCCUGGAACAUCUCUGAGACUGCCAAGAACAAGUCAUGGCGGAGGUCCCACACCUGCUGUCAGGCCUAUGACUCAGUCUGGACGUCCCAUCACAGGAUUUGUGAGGCCAAGCACCCAGUCAGGGCGUCCUGGGACAAUGGAGCAGGCCAUCAGGACGCCACGCACUGCAAGUACGGCUCGACCAGUCACUAGUGCUUCAGGUCGAUUCAUGCGGCUGGGAACGGCUUCAAUGUUAACCAAUCCAGAGGGACCGUUUAUAAACUUGUCAAGGUUAAACCUAUCAAAAUAUUCCCAAAAGCCCAACCUGUCUCGGGUAAGACAUACAACGCUCUUUGAGUACAUCUUUCAUCAUGAAAAUGAUGUAAAAAAUGCUUUAGAUUUGGCUGCUCAAGCAACUGAGCAUGCUCAGUUCAAAGAUUGGUGGUGGAAAGUACAGCUAGGAAAAUGCUACUACAGGCUUGGUUUGUAUCGAGAGGCUGAAAAGCAGUUUCGAUCAGCUCUAAACCACCAGGAGAUGGUGGAUACUUUCCUCUAUCUGGCUAAGCUGUAUCAGCGCCUUGAUCAACCAAUAACGGCUCUCAACCUCUUCAAACAAGGCCUGGACCACUUUCCUGGUGAGGUCACCCUCCUGACGGGAAUUGCACGCAUACAUGAGGAGAUGAACAACAUUACAUCAGCCACAGAGUACUACAAAGAUGUCUUGAAGCAGGACAACACACAUGUGGAGGCCAUAGCUUGUAUAGGCAGCAAUCAUUUCUACUCUGAUCAACCUGAGAUCGCGCUGCGCUUCUAUAGGCGGCUCCUCCAGAUGGGGGUGUAUAAUUGCCAGCUAUACAACAACCUGGGCCUGUGCUGCUUUUACGCACAGCAGUACGACAUGACUCUGUCGUCUUUUGAAAGAGCCUUGGCCCUGGCGACCAACGAUGAAGAGCAGGCUGAUGUUUGGUACAAUGUCGGACACGUCGCUGUGGGUAUAGGAGACCUGACUUUGGCCUACCAGUCUUUUAAACUGACUUUGGCUUUUAAUAACGACCAUGCCGAGGCCUACAACAACCUUGCAGUGCUGGAGCUGCGCAAAGGCCGUGUUGAACAGUCUAAAGCCUUCCUGCAGACGGCUGCCACAUUGUGCCCUCACAUGUAUGAGCCACACUACAAUCUGUCCAUUCUUUCUGAAAAGAUCGGAGACCUUCAAAGCAGCUACAUGGCUGCCCAAAAGUCUGAGGACGCCUUCCCAGAGCAUGUUGACACUCAGCAGGUCUUGAUGCAACUUCGCCAGCAUUUUGCAGAGCUGUGAGCUGUUGUGUAGAGUGGAUUCAAUAAUGUAUGUAUCUUUAAAUAAUUGUAUUACAUGGAAAAAGAUUCAGGGAUUUCUCACAAGCUCUGCUUACAGAAUUCCGCUGCAGGCUGAAUGCAGCGUUUGAGAUGGACAGCUGUUAUUUAUAUCAAUGACUGGCAGCAUAGUCUACAAACUUGUAAAGCAGUAAUAUAAUAUACAUAUGUACUGUAUCUAGUAAAGAUUCUAGUAAAAAAUAUUUUAUUAUUUACUUUAAAGCAAUUCACUUAUAAACUUUAUUAGUUAAUUAUUUGUAGCCAUUCUUGGUAUUCUGUAUUCGGACAAAUAAUGUGUCAAUAAAAAGUCAGAGAUGAAAAAACAACAGUGACGCUAAUUAGCUGGCAUUUCACAAAUCCAUUUGAGAUUGUAACUGCAUGGUGCAUCAUUCCAGCCUUUAAAGGGGUUGUCUCUGGGGUACGUGGCUGCACAGUUCUCAUUGCCAGAAUUAUUGGGCUCGCCAUCAUUCCAGUAACUGAAACAAAUCACACGUCAUAUUGUUCAGUGUUAAAACCCACUGUACGAUAGCUUAGUUAGUCUUCAUUUUACACAUAAAAUUCUAUGGCUAAAUUGGCUUUAUAGUAGGAGGGAAAAGUGUGAAUAAAACAUGCCUUUUUAAUUUGAGCAGCCAUUUGAAUCAAUGGCCUUACACUUAGUCGCUGAUAGGUGCAAUAUUGUAUUUUUAGCACGCACUUAAGUGGUAAAUGGAUGGCAUUUUAUGUAUUCAAAACACACUGUUACCUCCUUCACUCAUUCAUGCAUGAUUUUAACAUAUUUACAUGAAUAUGACCUAACUCUCACCUUAACCCAAAUCCCAUUGAAAUGAUGUUUCCAGUGCAGCAUGUCAACAGCAUGUCCACCAUGAUUGUGGAGUACAAAAUCAGUGCUGAUCAAUAGAAUGCAAUGUGCUUCUCUACACAUCCAGUAUCUCUCAAAGAGUGGGAACAUUCCUCACAUUUCAGCAUCCAUUAUAUAUUCUCAAGGGACAAAGCUAUAGAAAUUAAACUUGGAUGUAGCUUGCAAAAGUCAGUGUUUAGUUUGUGCAGUCGUAUAAUUUACUGUCCUCUUGAAAGUCCACAUUGUCUAACCAUUAUUGUCUAAAAAACUGUCAACCUAAGUGACUAAACCUCACAGUGAACAUUUCCAAAUUGUGUAAGGGUCAAGAUUUAGCGUGAGCACCCUUAUCUAGCACUGGUUUAAUCCUCUUGGGCAUGGAAUUAACCAGAGCUGCACAGGUUGUUACUCUCCACUCUCUUCCACUCCUCCAUGAUGACAUCACUGGUGGAGGUGGUGUAUGUUAGACACCUUGUGAUCCUCCACUUUCCACUGAAAGAUGUCCCACAGGUGCUCAAUUGAGAUCAGGUAUGGAGACAUACUUGGACAAACCAGUACCUUCACCUUCAGCUUCAUCAGCGAAGCACGUGUCAUCUUGGAAGCUCGUUAUCAUGUUGAAAAACUACCAUGUGGCCCAGGUCCCCAAAGGAGGGCAUCAUGCUCUGCUUCAGAAUGUGACAUAAUUCGUGUUUUCCUCCAUGAACCGCAACUCUCCAGGGUUGGCAGCACUCAUGCAGCCUUUCAUUACUGUAGCAUUGUCCCUUGAGAACAUACAGGGUCCUUCUCAAAAAAUUAGCAUAUUGUGAUAAAGUUCAUUAUUUUCUGUAAUGUACUGAUAAACAUUAGACUUUCAUAUAUUGUAGAUUAAUUACACACAACUGAAGUAGUUCAGGCCUUUUAUUGCUUUAAUAUUGAUAAUUUUGGCAAAAAAGUAAAGAAAAACCCAAAAAAAUUAGCAUAUCAUGAAAAGGUACUCUAAACGAGCUAUUAACCUAAUCAUCUGAAUCAAGGAAUUAACUCUGAACACCUGCAAAAGAUUCCUGAGGCUUUUAAAAACUCCCAGCCUGGUUCAUUACUCAAAACCGCAAUCAUGGGUAAGACUGCCGACCUGACUGCUGUCCAGAAGGCCAUCAUUGACACCCUCAAGCAAGAGGGUAAGACACAGAAAGAAAUUUCUGAGCGAAUAGGCUGUUCCCAGAGUGCUGUAUCAAGGCACCUCAGUGGGAAGUCUGUGGGAAGGAAAAAGUGUGGCAGAAAACGCUGCACAACCAGAAGAGGUGACCGGACCCUGAGGAAUAUUGUGGAGAAGGGCCGAUUCCAGACCUUGGGGGACCUGCGGAAGCAGUGGACUGAGUCUGGAGUAGAAACAUCCAGAGCCACCGUGCACAGGCGUGUGCAGGAAAUGAGCUACAGGUGCUGCAUUCCCCAGGUCAAGCUACUUUUGAACCAGAAACAGCGACAGAAGCGCCUGACCUGGGCUACAGAGAAGCAGCACUGGACUGUUGCUCAGUGGUCCAAAGUACUUUUUUCGGAUGAAAGCAAGUUUUGCAUGUCAUUCGGAAAUCAAGGUGCCAGAGUCUGGAGGAAGACUGGGGAGAAGGAAAAGUGCCAAAACCACUGGUGAAUGGUUUACUGACCAUGGUAUUACUGUGCUCAAUUGGCCUGCCAACUCUCCUAACCUGAAUCCCAAAGAGAAUCUGUGGGAUAUUGUGAAGAGGAAGUUGAGAGUCACCAGACCCAACACUGUGGAUGAGUUUAAGGCCGCUAUCGAAGCAUCCUGGGCCUCCAUAACACCUCAGCAGUGCCACAGGCUGAUUGCCUCCAUGCCACGCCGCACUGAAGCAGUCAUUUCUGCAAAAGGAUUCCCGACCAAGUAUUGAGUGCAUAACUGAACAUAAUUAUUUGAAGGUUGACUUUUUUGUAUUAAAAACACUUUUCUUUUAUUGGUCGGAUGAAAUAUGCUAAUUCUUUGAGAUAGGGAUUUUUGGUUUUUCUUUACUUUUUUGCCAAAAUUAUCAAUAUUAAAGCAAUAAAAGGCUUGAACUACUUCAGUUGUGUGUAAUUAAUCUACAAUAUAUGAAAGUCUAAUGUUUAUCAGGACAUUACGAAAAUAAUGAACUUUAUCACAAUAUGCUAAUUUUUUUAGAAGGACAUGUACAUCGUAAUAAAAUUGAUUUCUGAAAAGUGAUGAGUGUACUCCCGUUUGUGAGGUACUGUUAAGUGCUUCUGAUGUGAUACCAUCGUAUCAUUGCUACUUUUCUGUCAAUAAUCUCAACCUUGAUCAUUUUACAGUAAAAAAAAAAUCAAUCUUUUGCAACCAGUGUGUAGUGUGAACUCAAAAUGAAACUCACAUUUUGGCAUAUUUGGCUCUUUGAGUGUUUCUUGCAAAAAAUGAGUAGAAGAAUGAUAGUUUUAAUAGCAGUGACGGGAGACAAAAUGUGAGUGUUACCCUUCAAUUAGCCUUGUUCCUUUCAACCACCUCCAAACUCCCUCCUCUUCCACAUCUCUCAGUCCGAUCCAGAAGCCACUCUGGGUGAUGGACAUUGAUGGGUCUUGAUGAUGAUUUAUUAACUGAUUUAUUAUCAUCUGACAGGAGACGGCAUGUGAAAACACACACGUAUGUCAUUACUCACCACACAUUGCAAUGGUGUUUGAUGGAGCUGCUGCAGAUUAGUCUUACCUGCUUCUCUGAGGUAUCUACCACCACCAGGUCGCUGCCAUGCUUGUUGCAGAACUGCCGUGCUUCCUGCCACGACCUGCGAGAGUAUCUGUCAGAGAAGCUGAAGAAGUAACACGCAGAGUUUAUGAGAGUCCAUCCUGGUGAACAGCGUCUGCAGCCCUCGUCUACAGCAAAACACAAUUGCAAUAUUGUUGUUGCUCUGAUAAUUUCACUGACGCACACAUAAGUUUAAAACCAAUGGGCCUUACUUAACAUUGGUAGGUGGGAUUUUAAGACUGCAAUAUCGAGUUGGAUUUUGUCGGCCUGCUUUUUGUAGUCUUUGCUCCUUAUAGUCUGAUGUUCAAGCUGCCACUUGGUUAUUUGCUGCUGUCUGGUCUCUUCUGCCAAACGUUUCUGGGAUUCAUGUCGUCUUUGUGAGGCAGCGUUAUAGGUCUUGUGCAGUGUGGCCAACUCACGGUUGAUGCUUUCCACCUUUCGAGGCUCAUCUGUGAGGUGGUUGUCUGUUGUCACAGAAAAAAGGUAUGGUAACGUAGUACUUUAAUGCAACACAAAGUGCAAUCAAACAAAGAAUCAGGAUGUAGAAAAAUAGUCCUGUCCAAAACCCUAACCGAAUACAUAAAUAUUGACCUAUUUGAAAAAUAUUUCAGCGCAAAUGUGGCGCAAAUUUAUCUCCAUCUAACUUUUUUUCCAGAAAUGUUCCUGAACCUACGCAAAUGGAAGUUGAGCUAAAGAAUUUGGUAAAUGUAAGUUUGUCUUUAUUAUUUUCAUGAGAAUGAAUUUGAUUUAGCAUCAAUUUUAUUUUACAUAAUACAAAUAAAGUAUUGUAUGGACAGAGCCAGCCAUAGCCAAAGUGGCCCCCUUAAGUGAGAUUUAAUAUGGCAUCCCCCCUCCAGUGUCCAUUUACAUAUGCUUACAAAAGAAAUUGAAUAGCAUUGUUUUUAUUGUUUUCUUUCAUUUGUAGAUCCCGCAGAUUAAUUUGUAAAUCCUGUGAUAAACAAAGGAUUACUGUAUAUUGAAGGUGAAUUUUUUUCCCAAUUUUUUUGGCACUCCCUACAGGCCAUGGCACCCUUAGCAUCUGCCUAUAUUGCCUAAUGGGCCAGCCGGCACUUAGAGUAAUCCUUCCUUUAUCACAGGUAAUUGGUCCCAUACCCAACCAUGGUAAGUGAAUUUCCACAAAGUACAAUUUCUUAUUUAAAAAUGGAAUAUUUUUGUAGUUAGAGCAUAUAAAUUGUUUACGACCUUCUAAAUAUGUUUUUUAACAUUUUUACAGCCCCUUUAAUCACCUUUACACUCGUUUUACAAUUUACAAUUUAAGACAUAAAUAAGACUUGUUGCUAUAAAUUUGUUGCCGAGGGGAACUGAGAGACGUUUGAGUUGAGUUUUAGCUUGGUGUGGGUUACAGCUGGAACAGUAGGCCAUAU